CCACGUCAUCUCCCAAUACAGCAUAAGAAAAACGAAUCUACUUUCUCACCUUCCCUCUCUUCACUUCACAUCGAUUUCUGAGAACUGCAAAAACUCACAAAAAUGGAAAAUUCUGGAAAAUCAAUAAUGAACAACAACACUAAAUUAUUGAAUCCAUGGAUGCUUCAUUUUCAAAAACUCGCUCUCGAACUCAAAUGCCCUCUCUGCUUGAACUUGUUCAAGAAACCGGUUUUGUUACCAUGCAAUCAUUUGUUCUGCAGUUCCUGUUUGGCGGAUAGUACUUCGAUUCGUUCUGAAUGUGCUCUCUGUAACACCAAGUGCUCUCAAAAAGAUAUUAGGCAUUUGCCUUUUGUUGAAAGUAUAGUGACAAUUUAUAAAAGCUUGGAUGCGACCUUUUGUGCAAACGCUUUUCAGCAACGUUCUUCUGAUAAUACGAGGGUUUUGGAGCAGUGCCAAACUCUUCACAAUUCAGCUUUUAGUAAUAAGGUUGAUAAGGUUCUGCAGAAUUCAUGUAUGUCGAAUGAAGUUGGGGUUGGCAAGAAUCACCAAUCUGGGAUUAAGAUGAAUGGUAAAGCCAAGGAGGUUGAAAUGUCUUGCAAGAGAGGGGCUGACAACCACAUUGCAGAGAAGCCCGAUUCAAUGAAUUUGAAUCAAGCGACACAAUCAGAACCAGACAGCCCUCCAUUUUGUGAUACCAAAGGUUCUGACAAUGGUUGCAGUGAUCUAAACAGCGAGAAGCCACUCAGUCUUGGGAGGUCUGAAAGUUCGUCAUUUAAAAGAUCAAGCACAACAGGAAAAGGUAAUUUGAAAGAAAGAAUGCCUCAUUUCUGGUCUGAAAGUUCUGCCUCUGAAAACGAGGAUCUUACGAGAGAUCUUAAGAGACAAAAGAAUCUUACAAAUGAAGAUGGUAUUGUUCAACAAAGCACCUCAUAUCAUAACAAGCUUGUGGAUUCCCGCUGUGACUUGGAAAUUAAAUCUGACAAGGACACUGGUGCACUCGUACCUUCAAAUGCACCAAGUGACUUGUACCCAAGUACAAGCAUUUGUUCGUUUUGUCAGUCCUCUAAAAUUUCAGAGGCUACUGGGUCAAUGCUGCAUUAUGCAAGUGGCAUUUCAGUUACCGGAGAGGCUGCAAUGGAACCAAAUGUUGUGCAUGUGCAUAAAGUUUGUAUUGACUGGGCACCACAAGUGUAUUUUGUUGGUGAAACUGUUAAGAAUUUGAAAGCAGAAGUGGCCCGGGGAGCAAAGCUUAAAUGCACCAAAUGCGGUAAAAAGGGAGCUGCUCUUGGUUGCUAUGUCAAGUCAUGUAGAAGAACUUAUCAUGUUCCUUGUGCAAUGGACAUCUCUGCUUGCCGCUGGGAUCAUGUGGAUUAUCUCUUGUUGUGUCCUAGUCAUUCAAAUGUCAAAUUUCCAAACGAGAAAUCUAAUCUUGAUAAACAGGCAACUCAGAAGCAUCCCGUUUCAUCUCAUCUGCCAUCUCAACAGUCAAACCAACUGGGAGCUGUUCAGGGUGAUGGUAAAAAAAUGGUUUUCUGUGGAUCUGCUCUAUCAAAUGAAGAAAAGGUGCUAUUGAUUAAUUUUGCAAGCAAGGUUGGUGCUACAGUGUCCAAGUGUUGGACCUCAGAUGUCACACAUGUGAUCGCAGCAACUGAUGCAAAUGGAGCAUGCUCCAGGACAUUGAAAGUUUUGAGGGCGAUUCUAAAUGGACAAUGGAUCCUAAAAAUGGACUGGAUAAGAGCAUGCAUGAAAGCGAUGAAUCUUGUAGAAGAAGAACUGUAUGAAAUUGAUCUUGACAACCAAGGGUGUCAAGGUGGCCCAAAAGCUGGCAGACUUAGGGCAUUGGCCAAUGAGCCAAAGCUAUUCAGUGGCUUAAAGUUUUAUUUUUCUGGUGAAUAUGAUUCGAGUUAUAAGAAAUAUCUUGAAGAUUUAGUUGAAGGGGGAGGAGGUGUUGUUUUGAAAAGCAAGGAUGAAUUGGAAGUUGGAAGAGAUGCAAAUUUGUUGGCAGUUUACAAUCUUGAUCCCCCAGAAGGAUGUGAGCUGGAGGACGAAGUUUCAAUUCUUUGGCAUAGAUUAACCGAAGCAGAGAAUUUAACUGCCAAUACUGCUGGUCACACGUGGAUUCUGGAGUCAAUUGCUGCAUGCAAAUUGCAGCCUUUUGUUAGCUAAAAUGCACUCCGUAGCCGAUGUUUUGUCCAUCCAUCCUUUAAUAGGCUGUUCAACUGUUGGUCACAUGUGGAUUCUGGAGUCAAUUAGUGCAUUUAAAUUGCAUGCUUUUGUUAGCUAAAAUGUUAGCUGAUAUGUUGUCCGUUUUAAAUAGGGUGUUUAUUUGCAGAAGAUCUGGUCUAUUUUGUACAGGAUUUCUACUGAAUUUAUAUUUUGUUUGGACUUUCAAGGUAUAUAUUUUGUUUUGGCAUUCAAGAUAUUAA